AUGAUGGCUGAAAUGAUGAAGAAGAAACCGUCACAAUGGUGGUGGCUUGACAGCCAAAGCAGCAUUAGACGAUCCCCAUGGCUUCAAUCCACACUGAAUGAGCUAAACGAGAAGACAAAGGCAUUGUUAAAAUUAAUUGAAGAAGAUGCAGAUUCCUUUGCACAACGUGCAGAGAUGUAUUACAAGAAGAGACCAGAGCUUGUGAGCAUGGUUGAAGAUUUCUACCGGACGCACCGCUCAUUAGCUGAGCGGUAUGAUCAAGUCAAACCUGACACUGGAAUUCGCAUGCUGAAGACAGGAGGAUCCCCUAUUCCUUCACCCAAGUAUCAAUCAGAGAAGUUGGUGAAUUUUGCAUAUAAUGGUUAUGAUAGCUAUUCUGAGAAUUGUGAUGAAGAGGAGUCUGGGGAAUCUGAGGUUGAUGAUCCUGAGCAAGAAGGGGAAGUGAAUACCAAAUUUGAUAACAGUACAGAAGAGGAGGAAGUUCAGUUUGUAGCUGCAAAUGAUGAUGAAGUGAUGAGGUUGAGGAAAGAAAUUGAGAGACUUAGUGAAGAGAACAAGGCUCACAAGUUCCAAAUCAACAAGAAAUAUGACAUCUGUGAUGAAGUAAUGAUGUUGAGGGAAGAAAUAGAACGACUCAGAAAAGAGAAUGGAGCACAGAAGGAUGAACUCAAGCAGAAACAAACCAUUUGUGAUGAAGUAAUGCUCUUAAGGGAAGAGAUAGAAAGACUCAGAGAGGAAAAUAAGGCACAGAAGGAUCAUCUCAAGCAGAAAGAUGAAGAGAAAAUAGAGGUGAUAAGACACCUGAGUUUAGCAAUAGAUGUGCUGAAGCAGGAGAAUGUAAAGAUGAGAAGCUUCAUUGCUAAGGAGUCUACCAAGAAAUGGAAGAACCCAUUUGAAUUCAACAAACUCAUUGGAGCAUUAUCGGGGAAGUUGUUUAAUGGGAUUCCAAGGAAUCAGCCUAGUAUUAUAGCUCUCUAG